AUGCCAAAAUAUUAUACUUGGAAUAAAUCCUCAAGGAAAUUUAUACGACGGAAACAAGGAAAACCAAUUCAAGAAUACCCAGAUGUAUAUUCCACCGAUGUGAUUGGUCGAAUUUAUUCAGUACAUCCCAGCAAUGAUGAAUGUUUUUAUUUACGACUGCUAUUAGUCAAUGUACUUGGCCCAACAUCAUUCCAACAUUUACGAACUGUUGAUGGUGAAUUGUGUGGAUCCUACAGAGAAGCCUGUCAACGUUUGCAAUUGUUAGAAAAUGACGAUCAUUGGGAUCAAACUCUAAAUGAUGCUGCAAUAUCAUCAAGUGCUCAACAAAUACGAACAUUGUUUUCUAUAAUCAUAUGUACAUGCUACCCAUCAAAGCCAAUCGAUUUGUGGAUCAAGUACAAGGAUCAUAUAUGUGAUGAUAUUUUGCCUGAUAACGCCCAAUCGUCCAAUGCAUGA